CCAUGCCGCUCCGCGCAGGCGCCUGCGCAGGUCGCAAGACGCGCGUCCCACUCUAGUCAUGGCGGCGGCCCGACAAGUAGCAGGCGGCAGGGCUCUGGAAACGUGUGGGAUGGAGCGGAUUUUGGAGGCGCUGAAGCUGCUGCUGAGCCCGGGAGGAUCAGGCUCAAGUUCACUACAAAUCACGAAACAUGAUGUCCUAUUGGCUACGUUGAAAUCUAACCUUUCUGCUUUGGAGGACAAGUUGCUGAAGGAUCCUCACUGGAAGGAAUUGAAACUCCUAAGGGAUGCAGUUGCGAAUGAGGCGGAAUGGCCGCGAGGCUCUGCGGACAUCACCUGGGCUUUUACCGCCCAGACCUUACUGUUGCUGUUGUGCUUGAAGGAAACCAUGAUGCGCCUUGCGGCGGGUUUCAAUCCGGGUAAACCCAACCCGAGGACGCCAGAAGCCGCCCCUGCCCUGAGCCCAGAUACACUCAGUGUGUCCCAGCAGAAGACCGUCCAGUCCGUUUUGCAGUUUGUAGUUACCCUGGGGGUCUGCCCCUAUCUCGUGCCUGGUGUUGGAGUCCCUUUGAAAUGCAGGACUGAGUUUGGAGCCGUUGUUCAGGAUGUGGUGUGUCUCAGUGCUGCCCCCAGUGCAGCCCGGAGACUGUACACCAGCUGCAGCGUCCUCCUCAGUGUUGCUCAGAACGCGGCUCUGGGGAGCUUGAUUUUCUGCCGCCAUUUUGGGGACAUUGCAGCAGGUCUCUGCCAGCUGGGGUUCUGCCCAACCGAGAGAAAAGCGCUAAAUCCUGAGGAAGAGGUGUUAACUGAAGAGGAAAGAGCCCUGUCUAGGGAGGCCCUGAGAGACAUCUUGGACCAAGUAUAUCAACCAUUAGCUGUCCGAGAAUUACUCACCCUCCAGGGAGGAGCACCCCAGUCCUGCACAGAUGGGAAGACACAAGUUAGGUGUCGGGCCCCAGCAUGGCUCCGGCGUCUGUGUGGGCAGCUCCUCUCCGAAAGGUUGAUGAGACCCAGUGGUGUUCAGGCAGUAGUUCGGGGCAUUUUGGAAGGAGCAGGUGCUGGGGCAGCUGGCGGGAGCGAUGCUGAGGCCACAGCUGCCGACUGGAAGAAGUGCGAUGUGAUUGCAAAGAUUUUGUCCUCUUGUCCCCAGCAGUCUCUUUCACCAGAGGAUUAUUAUAGAGAUAUCUGCCCCCAGAUUUUGGAUUUAUUUCACUUUCAAGAUAAGUUGACAGCACGACAAUUUCAGAGAGUCGCCACUACUACCUUUAUUACUAUGUCAAGAGAACGCCCACAGCUGGCAGCAAAGUAUUUACUCCAACCAGUGUUGGCUCCUCUUCAUCGCUGUUUAAACACAGCAGAGAUUCCAGAGGGUGACAUGGUGCCAGGAACUGUUUUGGUGACAGAGGAAGAACUUAGUAGAUGUAUUGAGGAUGUAUUUAAGGUGUACGUGGUCGGGAAUGACCCUGUAACCGUUUUGGUGGAUUCCCUGCUCCCUGUGCUGGGAGUGCUCUUCUCUCUCUACUGCUUUACCAAGCAGAGUGUGUCUCACACCAGGUCACUUUGCCAAGAGAUCUUAUUAUGGAUCCUGGGGAAGCUGGAGAGGAAGAAAGCACUUGCUAGCCUGAAAGGAUUUGCAGGGUUGGACAGAUCUGUGCCUUCUCUCCAUUCUCUGUGUCACUUUAAAGCUGCCGCUCAAGGGGGCAUUAUGAUUACCAUCAAAGAGGCCAUUUGUGAUGAAGAUGAAGAUGAAUCCCUGUACCAGAAGGUGUCCUCAGAGCAGUGCCAGGUAGAGCACCUUGGGGACUUACUGUCCCACUGCCAGGAGUGCGGUUUGGCAGGCGACUUCUUCAUCCUCUGCUUGAAGGAGCUGACUCAGGUGGCUGUGGAAAAUGAAGCAGAGUUAGAAACAGAGCCCUUUUCCAGCACAAGCCUCUUGGAAUUAGAGCAGCACCAGACUCUGCUUGUGGAAGACCAGGAGCGGAAGCUGCUCGUUCUCCAGCUGGUGGCUGUUCUGUGCGAGAGAAUGUCUGAGCAGAUAUUCACAAACAUCACUCAGGUUGUGGACUUUGUAGCAGCAACCCUGCAGCGAGCCUGUGCAAGCUUGGCCCACCAGGCGGAGAGCAGCGUGGAAUCACAGACACUGAGCAUGUCCAUGGGGCUUGUGGCCGUCAUGCUGGGAGGAGCUGUUGAGUUGAAGUCAAGUGACUUUGCCGUCCUGAAGCAGUUGGUGCCACUGUUGGAGAAGGUCUCCACCACCUACCCUGACCCCGUCAUCCAAGAACUGGCCAUUGACCUCCGCAUCACCAUCUCUACCCACGGAGCCUUUACCACUGAGGCUGUCAGUGUGGCUGCCCAGAGUACCCUGAGCAAAAAGGAUCCAGAAGGGAAAAGGGAAGAGCAGCAACAAGCCAGUCAUGAAAGACACUGUGACAUGUCUCCUAGCCACCUCGAACAACAGCAAAGCCACGACAUGUCCAGACAAACAGGCCUGAAACCUAAUCCUCCACUUGUUCCUCCGGUCGUCCGUGAGCCCAGCAUCACUACAAACCAGAAAUCAGGAAGCCUAACCGCAGAGCAGCUCCAGGAAGCUCUUUUAUCAGCUUACGACCCUCAGAUUCCAACAAGGGCUGCUGCCCUGCGAACUCUUUCUCGCUGGGUAGAGCAGAGAGAACCAAAAGCCCUUGAGGUGCAGGAGAAAUUUCUCAAGGUUUUCUUGGAGAACUUGGAGCACGAAGACACCUUUGUAUACCUGUCUGCUAUUCAAGGGGCUGCCCUGCUCUCAGAUGUGUACCCUGAGAAAAUCUUGUGUGGCUUAUUGCAUCAAUAUGAUGCUGGUAAAGACAAGCACACGGCAGAGACCAGAAUGAAAGUCGGGGAAGUCCUGAUGCGAACUGUCAGGGCAUUAGGGGACAUGGUCUCAAAGUACCGAGAACCUCUGAUCCACACCUUCCUGAGGGGAGCAAGAGAUCCAGACGGUGCUCACAGGGCCAGCAGCUUAUCCAACCUUGGAGAACUGUGCCAGAGGCUGGACUUCCUGCUGGGCUCCGUGGUUCACGAGGUAACAGCCUGCCUGAUUGCUGUGGCUAAGACAGACCCUGAAGUUCAGGUGCGCCGAGCUGCCAUCCACGUGAUUGUGCUGCUGCUUCGGGGACUCAGCCAGAAAGCUACUGAGGUGCUGAAGGACGUCCUCAAGGAUCUCUACCACCUGCUGAAGCAUGUGGUGCGUUUGGAGCCCGAUGAUGUGGCCAAGCUCCAUGCCCAGCUGGCCCUGGAAGAGCUGGAUGAGAUAAUGAGAAACUUCCUGUUCCCGCCACAGAAGUUGGAGAAAAAGAUCGUGGUCCUGCCAUAGACCAGCCUCAAGGGCUGUGGAGGAGGCAGAGGGACCCAGCAGCCAGGGCAGUGCCCAAGCCCUCCAGCAGGUGGCCCCACUGCCUCUUUGGUGCGGGCAAGAUGGCUGCCUUGGCGGGGGUGGGGACGUCUCUGGUCAUUUGUGUCUUCAGGCUGAGCUUCUUAAAGCAUCUGUUUAGCCAUCCUGCAUCCAGCCUGAAGUGUGUGCCUAUAAAAGAGAAAAGAUUACAAAUCCCACCAAUCUGCCCGUUUUUCACCAUCCUGUAGCAUUUAGAGAAGGAUGGCCACCUCGUGGAAGAAUACUUUUAAUACAACCACUGACAUUUGAUUAAGUGACCAUUCUCUUCUUGCGAUUUGAGUAGAAGAGGGUGGCCACCUGUGUGUCACAUAUCUUGGAUUUUCUUCUUGGUGAGAUUGUCCCUCCUGUGAUGAGGAACAGCCAGAGCCGUCAUCUUUGGCUGGUCAAGACGCAUCUUAGGGUAUGGAGAUGCAGUUGGAGGUAGGAAGGGAAAGGAAGCUGUUAUAAAACCUGCAAAAAUGGAAUAAAAUUGUCUUGACUAGAAAGAAUAACAGGUCUGCAUCUGGAUUUCUGCUGAGAUGGAAAGCUAUGGCCUUGAGGAGGAUCUCAUCUCCAGAAAAGAGAACCAACCUGCCUGAACCUUCCAAAGGAAAAGGGUAAGCGCUGUGUUUGUCCCUCUGAGCCGUUUUCUUUCACUCUCUCUGCCCCUGUUUGGAUAGAGGUGCCCUGAUUACAGGAGAAAAGAGCCACAAACAUCUCACAUGAGAGCGUUGAUGUCCUGCCUUGGGUGCUCUGCUCCUUUAGAAAGAGGAAUGCUUAGACGGUGUGUUCCUACUUAAUGCCUGUUGGAAAGCGCAUUGCAUAUUGGUCACCUGAUGCCCAGUUUAUUGAAGACAUUUCACAUGGGGCGCUGCAGACGCCUUUUUAUCUUUUUACAUAUUUUGGCCACUGAAUUUUGACAGCAGCUAAAAGACAGGACGAAAAGGAGACACUGGCUGAAUGCUUCCGACAAGCCCUCUGGGUCCUCACCCCUUUGGCGAGGCUGGUCAGUCCUCAGCUCUGCAGGACUGGAUUUUAACACCUCACACAGGUUUUAUCCCCACUCUCUGCUGACCAGGGCCAACAGAACCAAAAUACAAUGUUCCAAAACUCUCAGGUGACUAAAGGAUCAGUCCACAAACAGGCCCAUGUGCCAGUUAACAAGAGGCUGUUUCCCUCUGGCCAGACUGCAGACACGGUCCUUGGCUUUGAACCAUGUGGUGAGCAUCCCUUUAAAGAGGACAGCGCACAGACAACCAGCCACCACAGGUUAGCCUAGCGAGCGGUGAAUGAGCCCGCAGGCAGUGAGGUGUUUCGAGGGGUAUUUCCGUUCAUCUAAGGUAGCUGGAUCAUGGCACCCUCCAAAUCAACAAUGUCUAGAACUUCAGGAUUGGGCUUUCAAAUCUGAAGACUCUCCUUGGAACCAGCUGAAUAUACACUGAAAGUUUUUCUUUCUCGGCCUUUCUCUAACUAGACUCUAUAAAACCCACUGAAGAUGAUCAAAUUGGGUAUAUUAGACAAUUGGUUUAACUUAGAACUUUAUUUGCAUUCAGUGCAUUCGGGUUCUGAGGACAUAGCCUAAUGGAUCGGCUUGAAUCGACUACGAAACUCUCUAGUCUCAGGAGUGCCUCACGCAGCAGCCUAGUCCCUUUAUCUCCAUUUAUAAAUUGCCUCUUAAUUUGAGUUAUUUGGCAAGUGGCUAAAAGUAUCUGUUCUUUAUUGAUUUUGAUGGAUUCCCUUUCAGAGAGUGACUUUUUCUGACCUUGUUACCAAAUUCAAGGGAAAGGAAGAUAUCUCAAUGUGACCCCCCCUAAACACCAAACAGGAGCAAAAUAUUAAGAGCUUCCAAAUGAUUAAAUAAUUCCUCCAUGUUUA